CUGCCGUGCAGGCCUCGGCUGAUGCUAAGCGACCGAUAAAACAAACUCUCGGAGCUUCGACGUGAUCUUUGCGCAUUCGAGCUCUUCUGAUGAGCCUGCCAUUCUCGUCGCCCUGUGAUGGGCCCCGAUCGGACUCAUCAUCCACUGCCACCACCACCGGGAAUUACGUCUCCAGCUUCCGAUGCACGAGAGCGAUCUGAUCACAGACCAGGGACACGAAUCGAAGCUUGGCAUCUGAUGCAUCCGGACUCGCCGGCGUGCGGAGUCUGAGCACCGACACGAGAUCUAUCCGUCGUGAGAGCGCCACAAAAUGGUGGAUCGAAGACGAAGACCCCUGCGGGUGAUGAUCAACAGCGCCGGGAGGAACCCUUUCGCGACGCUGAGGCAGCUGAUUCUGCACGCGAUUGCCAAGGAGAGGAAGAGAGGCGGCUGUACGAAGCACGACAUCAAAUUGAACAUCGAGAGGUUCUACAACUGCAAGCUGGGCAGGAACUUCAUGGGCCAAUUGGGCAAGGCGCUGACCAGAUUGGUGAAGGAUGCGGAGCUCCACCACCACUACGAGCGAUACCAGCUCGUGCCGAGCUGCGUUAUCAAGUACGACGGCCUGCCCAAGAGGCACAAGUCGCCGCAUUGCUUCUGCAUGAACCCCCGAUGUCGACUCAGGAGCAGGAGCAGCAGGAGCAGGAGCAGGAGCCAGAGCGGAUCCCGCAGCAGAAGCCGCAACAACAGCACGAGCCGGAGCCGGAGCCAGAGCGGAUCCCGCAGCAGAAGCCGCAACAACAGCGCGACCCGACGCCGGAGCCAGAGCGGAUCCCGCAGCAGAAGCCGCAACAACAGCACGCCCCGACGCCGGCGGCCAAGGUCCACGGGCCUCAGUAGAAAUGUUACACACGACCCCCCAAGGAGAAGGAGGGGGAGGCCACCCAUCCGUGGCAGGGGCCGACCCAGAAAUCAGCGAGGCCGACCCAGAGGCCGACCCAGAGGCCGACCCAAAAGACGAGGCCGACCCAGAGGCCGACCCAAAAAACGGCCGCGCAGAGGCCCGAGUCGGGCCGGGAGCGCCCAAGGGCGAUCGAGGUCUCGCCCCGCUAAUGCUCGUCCGACUCCGCCGCCAGGCCAGGAGAGCGAUGGCAAUGCUCCACCGCCCGACGCUUCCCAAAGCACUCCCUGAUCGUGCAACAAAUCUGAGGGCCUCGAGAUGUCGACCGGAAAUCUGACUCUGGCCGCUCUCGAAACAUGGUUGCCGAGCACACUCGUCAAAUGCAACUUUGUUCUGGAAACCAUGUGAUCACACGUUGUGAAGCUUGCUGUAUCUCAGAUUGAGCAAGACGAGCGAGCGAGCGUGCGUGCGUGCGUGCGUGCAGCGCGUCGAUGGAAUCACUUGUUUUUUUUUACUCCUCGAUGCCUGAUGCUCGAUCUAUGUUCCAUCACGUGCUUCUCGAAAAGAUUAUCCAAUUCUUCGAACACUCUCGAGAUUCUGGAAAUUCGCCCUUUUCACAGAGAGAAGGCAGGAAAAUCAGAUUUAGGAGGCGUAGUAGAAGUAGCAGUGCUGAUCACGAGAGGAUCUGGCGUGAUCGAUCGCCGUCCCGAAAGUGGCGGUGGAUGGAAGGACAUUGACUCGGGCUGGAAUUAAUAAACUUGCAGUAGAAGGACGAGCGAGAGAAUCCAAAAUUCCCUGGGUACAGAAAGGCAAAGAAGGAAAUCCACUCGCCAUGUCUGGCCUUCGGCCCUUCGGACCCUCGAAACGCGCGAAGCACUUCUCCCUGCAGUAUCCCGCCCUUUGGGCCAUAUAAUUCGGGCUUUAGUCGAUACCUGAGCGCCUUCAGCCAUGACGGGCCCCGGAGAGGGUCGAAAAACGCCUUUAUAUAAAAAAAAUCUCACCGAUAUCGUAGCUUGAACUCAAGAAUCAGUCCAGUAUGGGAAUAAUAAGCUUAAGGAUGUGCAAUUAAGCGUACUAAGUCUUCCUGUAUCGAGGUUGAGGAUUAGAGAAGUCAUUAGCCUCGAGUCUCAAGCGUAUGAAGACGCAGAUCAGAUGAGAGUGAGUACAAGGGACAGCAUCAGGUGUGAUGUCUUCUUCGAGAAUUAGAUGGUUCUCGUGAAACUCAGAACUUUAUCUCCACAAAACGUCAACUGAAACGAGUGACCAAUGAGCCUCAAUCUUCAUAUACCAAUAAGAAGUACCAACUUUAUGUC